AACUCUAGACGAUGCUGUAGCCCUCUCUCCCUCUCCCUCUCCCUCUCCCGCCGAAGAGACAAACCAGACGGCGAGCGAGCCCUCACGCACAGGCAGCCGGCGGCGAUGGCGGACGUGGUGCAGUACAAGCUGGAGCGCAUGGUCGACGAGCUCGACGACCUCGAGCGGCGAGGCCUUUUCACGCGCCGCGAGAUAUCGGAGAUCGUGAAGCAGAGGAGGAAGUUCGAGUACAGGCUGAAGCGUCCGAGCCCUCUCAAGCACGACUUCCUCACCUACAUCGACUAUGAGAAGAGCCUCGACGCGCUUCGCCUCCUCCGCAAGAAGGCGGUGGCUCGCCAGCUCCAGGAUCAGCGAGACGUCGAAAACGACGAAAACAAGAAGAAGAUUAAGAUGAAGAAAUCGGUCUCCGACUUUGCUGGAGUUUCCAGGAUUCUCGAGAUUUAUCGCCUCGCCACGACGCGGUUUAAGGGCGAUCUUGAGCUCUGGUUUCAGUAUCUGGAGUUCUGUAGGCAACGCAAGAAUGGACGGAUGAAGAAGGUCCUGGCUCAGGUGAUUAGAUUUCAUCCCAAAGUGCCAGGUGUCUGGAUAUAUGCUGCAGCUUGGGAGUUUGACCAAAACUUAAAUGCUGCAGCUGCUCGUUCUAUCAUGCAAAGUGGGUUGAGAGCUUGUCCAACUUCAGAGGAUCUUUGGGUGGAGUAUCUUCGAAUGGAGCUUACUUACCUUAAUAAGUUAAAGGCAAGAAAGGUUGCUCUUGGAGAAGAUGAGGGAACACUUACUCGGAAUUAUGAAGUUGCUGAGGAGAACCAAUGGAGAGAUGAAAACAAAGAAUUGUUUGUGGCCCUUGACAAGAGUGGAGAUAAUGAUGAAUCUGCAGCUCUCCAAAAUGAAGAAUCCAAGAAGUUAGAUUUGUUUCAGGAACAAGGUUUGAGCAUUCUUCAAACUAUUUAUGGUGGUGCUGUUGAAGCCCUGCCUUCUUCUUUGAGCCUUAGAAAGCGGUUUGUUGAGAUACUGGAAGCAAUAAACUUAGGUCGUUCUGAAGAAAUGCGAAAAGAGAUACUGGCUGACAUGAAAAGAGAUUUUGCGAAGGAUCCAGAGUAUUGGGACUGGCUUGCAAGACUAGAAAUUACUAAUUCUACAAGCACACAGGUGUUGAAUAAAGAAAUCACACCUGCUCGGUUAGAUAAAGCAAUUCAGGUUUAUGAAGAGGCUAUAGAAGUUCUUCCUUCAGAUGAGAUGUUUAGUCGCUAUACAAGGUUUUUGAGGGAGGUUAUUGGUCAAAAAAAUGGAGAUGCACAAAGUCCUGGGGCUAUCUGUCCUUCUGGUCAUGCUUUAGAUCUUAUUUCACAUACUCUGGUGGUAUAUGAAAGGGCAGAGAGUGAGGGGUGCAUUACUGAAGAUCUUGCUUGCCAAUAUGUUUCAUUUUAUAUGCAAGCAAGGAGAUUGGAGGAAGCUAGGAAGCUGGCAGAAAAGCUAUGUAAUGGAAAACUUUCUAAUGCAGUAGAGUUGUGGGUACUGAGGCUUUCACUAGAGAUGAGAUGUGUUACAGAGAGAUCUGGUUUCCCAAGUAAAGCUGAUCUUAUGUCUGUCUUUGAGCUUCUCAAAAGUGUUCUUAGAGAAAUGGCUGUUUGGAAAGCCAAGAGCUUGUGGCUUAUGGGCCUAAAGUAUUUUGCAAAUCAAAAACAUUAUUUUGACAAGCUGGUGGAACUUGCCCUGGUUUCGUUAACUAAAGAUGGGGGCAGUGACAAUGGAUUUUCCUUAUCUUCUACUAUAAUAAACUUUGUUCUUCAGAAGGAUGGAAUUCAGUAUGCAAGGGAUAUGUAUAAGCGGUUUCUUGCUUUACCCCGUCCUGGACUCGUGAUAUAUCAAUACUGCAUUGAGUUGGAAGCAAACCUUGCAUCUGCUGGUGAUAGAGAUGGUCUUCUAGAAGCCCGGAAAUUAUAUGAAUCUGCGCUUGCAACCUACAAGCAAGAUGUGAGCUUGUGGCAAAAUUAUUAUUCCAUGGAGAGCAAGAUGGGAACCUCAGAAACAGCUAACGCCAUCUAUUGGCGCGCACGAAAGUCUCUGAAAGACAAGGUUGCACUUCUGUCAUCUGCACAUUUGUGAUGGAUUCCUUGUAUAUACCACACCAGGCAACAAGAGUGAACGUUGAGUUGAUUCUUACUGGAAGAAUGAAGCGAUGCAAUGUGUGCUAUUCAUGCCAUUGAGAAGGAAGGGUUCGAAUUGGCUAUAUAGUCCGGAUAUAGAUGACUGGAGAGGAACAAAGUUUGUGAGGACUGGGUUAGUUCUAGACAAAGAUGGCGCCUUUUUCUCUGAACUCUUUGAGGUUAUGAUGUUCACGUAGUUUCAGAAUUCAUAUAACCAGCUCUGCCGCUCAGCCCGCCUACGCAGUGGUUAAGGCUUUUUUGGUUACUAUUGUUGUUGAUUGACAACCUUCUGAUGUAGUUCGAUAUUGAUGUGCUUUUGUGGUGCUCUCGGCCGAAGGCAACCUUCUCGGACGUAUGCGUCAUCUCGUAUACAUGUAAUGAGUUGAAGUCCUCCAUCUUGUAUUUGUUUCGAGUUGAAUAUUUUCAUUUCAUUUUUGGCUACAACUAUAGUAAGACGAGUUGAGUUUGAACUUUGAACGCCAUAAUACAAAAUUCACCAAACUUGGUAUUUA